CUCUGUAAUAGCGUUCUCUCUGCGCUCUUGAUUCCUCGGGGAAAGCACGAGGAUUUAAUCCAGACAGAGAUAAAUUUCACCCGGGAUCAUUUAUCAUCCCACAGUUCUCUUUAAGAAAUGUUCUAAAGAGGGACAGAUGGGCCUUGAUGAAAACAAAGGGAAAACAUGAAGUUUCUGCAGCAUUAUUAGCAUCAUCAUUAUUUUGGCUGGAGCCAUUGCCCUUAUCAUCGGUUUUGGUAUUUCAGGGAGACACUCCAUUACAGUCACUACUCUGACCUCAGCUGGAAACAUCGGGGAGGAUGGAAUCCUAAGCUGCACUUUUGAACCUGACAUCAAGCUUUCUGAUAUCGUGAUACAGUGGCUGAAGGAAGGUGUUAUAGGCUUGGUACAUGAGUUCAAAGAAGGCAAAGACGACCUGUCAGACCAAGAUGAAAUGUUCAGAGGCCGGACAGCAGUGUUUGCUGAUCAAGUAAUAGGUGGCAAUGCCUCUCUGAGGCUGAAAAACGUGCAACUCACGGAUGCUGGCACCUACAAAUGUUACAUCAUCACCUCCAAAGGCAAGGGGAAUGCCAACCUUGAGUAUAAAACUGGAGCCUUCAGCAUCCCAGAGGUGAAUGUGGACUAUAACGCCAGCUCAGAGAGCUUACGGUGUGAGGCUCCCCGAUGGUUCCCCCAGCCUACAGUGGUCUGGGCAUCCCAAGUUGACCAGGGAGCCAACUUCUCAGAAGUCUCCAAUACCAGCUUUGAGCUGAACUCUGAGAAUGUGACCAUGAAGGUUGUGUCUGUACUCUACAAUGUCACGAUCAACAACACAUACUCCUGUAUGAUUGAGAACAACAUUGCCAAAGCCACGGGGGAUAUCAAAGUGACAGACUCUGAGAUUAGAAGGCAGAGUCACCUACAGCUGGUGAACUCAAAGGCGUCCCUGGGUGUCUCUUCUUUCUUUGCCAUCAGCUGGGUACUCCUGCCUCUCUCCCCUUACCUGAUGCUAAAAUAAUGUGCCCUGGACACAGAGAAACGCGCAAAGUCAUUAGUACGACAGGAAUCUGUAGAACUAUUUCACCAUAAGAUAGGACCCAGUUUUGUAUUUCUGGGGGGAAAUGAAUUCAUGUCUAGAAGUUUGGAGUGAACAAAUAAGAUCAAGAAACAAACAAACAAAAAGUCAAAAGUAACCCACAGAAGACUCCAAUAUGAACCAGAUAAAUCUAUUUCCAAAGACCUAUAUUAAAAGCUGGGAACACAAUUCAUCUGAACUGGAUAUGUGUUAGGACUAAGUCAAUUGCAAGUGGAGACAAGUGGAUCUCCGUACCUCAGGGACCUCCCCCUACAACCACCCCCCUCAUCCAGGGAGUGAGAGGGUGGGAGAUAGCCUCUCCCUUGUUCUCUGAAUCUUUGCAUUGCUGUAAUGUUGCUCU